AAAUAUUCUCAUCCCACCGCGAAGAAAAACACUCAAGCGUCAGACGCUCCAGUUUCUUAAAGGUUUCAGCUUCAACCGAGCUUCGUUGAAAAAUCUUCACUCUUUUAACGGACGAUUUGAAAAAGAUUUUAUCCCGCAGGGUCAAGGUCUUACAGGUCACCGACCUUUGACCUCCGGGAGAAACUUUUUUGGAAGUGGACAAACAUAAUAAUGGUGGAGUCGACGAAAGGGCCGGUCCGAUUCCGUCGGAAUUUUUGCAUUUUCUGGGAGUUUUUAGCCAUUUUCUUGUGGAUUUCUGGUUGGAGCAAGUUGACGACGGCUCAGGAGCUUCAUCCACAUGGAAUAAACGUGUGUGCUUACAGCGAAAGCUAUAUAGGUACCCACAUCACCACCUCACAGAUGACCAGACAGACCCGGACCUGGGACUGGGGAUGUCUGCCUUUUGUCAGAUGUAAAACCAAGACUGUGUACUUCACCAUGUACAGAGUGGGCUACCUGACCAGGUACAGACAGGUGUACAGGUGCUGCCCUGGCUGGCUGCAGGAUGGAGACACCUGUCCUAUACCUACGUGUGAUCCUGACUGUUCAGAACAUGGGACAUGUACUGGAGCAAACUACUGCACCUGUUCUAAUGGAUGGAGGGGUCCGACCUGUGCUGACAGAUGUCCUCCUGGCUACAUGGGAGCAAACUGCGUUGCCACCUGCCCAGCUGGUAAAUAUGGUCAGGACUGUCUGGAGGACUGCAGGUGUCAGCACGGGGCCACCUGCCGCGGCACCGACGGCUUCUGUAACUGUACCGCAGGUUGGAGAGGAGAACACUGUGAUGUGCCCUGUCCUGGAGGUACUGCUGGGUUAGACUGUGAGCUACAGUGUAACUGUUCCCAACAUGGAACCUGCAACCCUUUCACUGGAGACUGUCUCUGUGAUGCCGGUUACCAUGGUGACCUGUGUGAGUCGGAGUGUUCCGAGGGUCGGUACGGACCGGGGUGUCUGUUCAGCUGCCACUGUCCCGGGAACAACUCUGUGUGUCGCACCAGGGACGGGAAGUGUAUGUGUAACCCUGGCUGGCAGGGCGAGAGCUGCACCAUCCAGUGUCCACUUGGUUACUAUGGCGACCAAUGUUCCCAGAAGUGUGGCUGUAACCAUGGCAAUAGCUGUGAUCAUGUGACCGGGAGAUGCCACUGUCCACCGGGGUACACAGGAGACAGUUGUGAAAAUGAAAUUGCGCCAGUCCUGACCGCUGCCAGCACAGCUGACGAUGUUUCCCACGGUAACAUCCUGGUGUUCUACAUCAUCGUUGCCGUGGUGAUGGGAGUUCUGUUGAUCCUGCUGGUCCUGUCUCUAGCUGUGUGCAGGAGGAGGGGGAAGGCCUGCUUCCAUAAAAGGGAGACGAUGCGCAACCCCAUGGAGCUGGAGACGUUGAUGGUUCCCGCGCCGGCGGCGGAAUGUACAGCUGUGAACGAGGAAAACAGGAAAAACAGCUUCACCCAGAGACAGUGCAUGGUCGUCGUGAAAUCAGGUGCUCCCAGGAAGUACACAAAGCUACCCGACCAACAGGCAGGUGUAUCAGGUGCACCCCCCGAUGUCGCAGGUGCUGUAGGUGGUGAGGUGACCUUUGCAGAGGUGGCAGCUGCAGCUAAAGGUACAACUGCACCACAGCAGGCUGCUGCACCAGCUAACCUGUAUGAAGAUGUGGAGGUGCCGUCUGUACCAACCAGCCAGACUACGGUCACGGUCAAGAAACAGCCGUCUUUCUGGCAGAAGCUCUCCCGGAAAGGUACUAGGAACGAUGGGAGGAACGAGGGAAUCCACAACAGAGGAGAGCAAGAUGACACCAUCUAUGAAGACAUCGCGCGAGUGCGGAAGGAAGCAGCAAAGAAGAACAGGAAGUCAGAGAAGAAGAAAAAGAAGGCGAAGUCUGAAUCGAGGGAAAGCUCGGAGCCCAUGUUGCCAACGGCAACGCCGCUACCGACAACACCCGAAAAGAACUUCUAUAUGCCAUUGGUUCAUCAACAAACCCCGCUUCCACGCGUGACGAGUAUAGUGUCGGAGGGCGACCGCACGUCACACAUCUACGCAUACGUGGACUACAGCAAGGCAACAACACCAGCCAGCGGCACGGGAGAUGAGAUACCCGUACCAGCGUCACCUGGGGCGUAUGACUACAUCGGCAAUGUAGCCACACCCUCUAGGGAGAGAAUGACGGGGACCUCCACGGAUGGCGCGGUAAGCGUGGAAGGUGUCGAUACGCAACCUUCGUACGAGAACGUGCCCAAGCCCGCAGACGACGACGGCGUGUUUACAGAGAACGAGUACGUCAACGACGCACUGCCAUACGAAGAGAUGAAUAGCGUCGAUGUUGGUGAUGCCAUGACCGACAACGACGACCAAACGGCGUACGAGACGCCGCGGCCCUUGAGCGAACGAUCAAAUAGUAAUAAGACUCAGUAUGAAGACAUGAGCGGGUCCACACCAAUCCUGGAUAAGAUCUCGAAAGAUGGAAAGGAAGGAACGAAUGAGAAUGAAGAAGGAGGAAUGCCAUAUGAGAAGAUGGGAGGGGGGAGGCUGUCACUGCCAGACAUUCUGCUGUAAAAAAAAGACACCCUGUCAACCCCUCUUGAAAAGUGAACUUGUUGUGCUUCCAACUCCACUGCCAUGUUUGUAUAGAAGAAACUAUAUAUAAGGGGUAUGGGAUUUUGAAUAUUGAGUACUCCUUUUGAAUCAUGAGCAAAGAAAAAAAUUCAUGUGCAGAGAAAUGUAUUAUAAAAAAAAAUGAUCUUGACAUAGUUUUGUCUUUUCUCAUUUUCUCAUUCUGUGAAAAUUUUUUAUGCCAGUAUUAAGUGCUGUAAUGCUAUUAUGUUUGCAUGGAUUUAAUUUCCCGGUAGUGGGAAAAUGGAAUGUUUGCAGUGGUUUUGAAUUUGCGAUAGUGCCAUACUGUGUACCAGUUGCACGAAAAGCCCUUAUCAUAUGAUUCUACCCGAGGUCCCUAUCUACAUGUAGGGAUGUGGUUGCAUUGCAAAGUAUAUUUUGUAUCCUUAUUGCUUGUUGCAGUAUAUAAUGUAUUUAUCACUUUUUUCUAACAUAUUAUUACAGGUGUUCCUACCGUGUAUGUGUACCAAUAUUUUGUUUUAGAAAAAAAGGUAUUAUUUUUUCAGUGUGUAUAUACUAGGAAUCAAUCCAUAGGGAAAGGAAUAACAAAUUGACCAAAUUGAAAUCUUCUGGCUAUUUACUUCCAAAUUACCUUUUGGAAAUACACAUUUUUUUCUCAUGAAUCAUGUCCAAGUGGCGCAAGCGGUAAUGCAACCCCACUGCUUGGCCGUCUGGCGUGCUUGUCUGAACACGCGAGAAAGCAAAGCUGCAUCGCGUAGCAAAGCCGCACCGCUUACUGGCAAAAAACAGCAUACUUUGUCCUCCGUUUGAGAUUCAACUGCUUACACUAUCAAUGUCUAGUUGUACAUAUACAUUAAAUAUUCUUGAUAUGAUGGGAUAAAUCUUUUGUACAGUGAAGUAACUUUCAAUAUCAAUUUGAUACUUGUCAAUAAUGUAAAUUUUAUCAAUAAUAUUGUAGCGUUGAUAACUCAGUGCUACCUUAAGUUUGCUACAACAAUUUAUAUGGAAAAGAUAAGUGAAUGUCCAAAUCUUUUAUUGAAUUUUUUUUCCUGCGAUACUUUCUUGUAUCUUACAGUCUCUUGUAUCUUAACUGUAGUUACCUAAAAGUUCUGUAUGUGAAAUUAUUUGUAUUGCAGGACAGCCUUGAAAAAGUAUGUUUUGUUUCAAGCAUAAUUGCUAAUGGGACCUAAACAUUUGAGUCAUUAAAAUUCAAAACAAGAUUCAAAUAGCGAUUCAAAUUUUCCUACAGAUUUCUUGUAUUUCACACUCAGACUAAAGUAAAACAGCUAAUGUAAGAACAUUUGCUAAGUUUUUUGAUAUUGUGUUUGUACAAUGUUGAAAAUAACAUUUGAAGAAAACUUCAGACUGUUAUAAUAAUAUGAUUUGUAACUCUAACAGUUAAGGCCUACGGAAAAACCUGAAUGAUUCUAGCUCACCUCAUUUGCUACAUUGUUUCCAUAUGUGUACUAGUUGCUGGCAACAAUAACAAUACAUUAAUAAUAACCUCUGCUUUGGAUCAAUCCUCUGCCAUCACAUUUAUAUUCUUAAACCCUAGUAGCAUGCUAUGGCAACUUUUGUGAGGUAAUGGUACAAAGAAGAUGUGAUGUGUGGGUUAACAGAUUCGUUUUUGUAACAGGUUUUAUAUAUCAAGUUUAUUAAUUGAAUGUCUCAUGUUGACAUGUAACGUUACAUUACAAGUAUACCCUUUGCAAAAAUAACAGAAGAAUAAAAGUGGCCUUUCUAAAGUGAUUAACUGCUGGACAGUCCAUAACGGUACUCAAUAAACAUUAUUUCUAAUUCAAA